GCCUUGCUUAAUUAUCUUAAUUCUGAGCCAGGAGAAAAAUUUUUCCUUUCCGAAGUUUCUAAUGAAAAGAAAAUCGACAAUGCGAAAGAAGUCGCUUGUGUGGUUAUCCAGAAUAAAAAUAAUGAAUACCUUUUAGUUUAUAAUAAAAAAUACAACCAUUGGCAAUUUCCCGGUGGUAAAUUAGAGAAAGGGGAAAAUGCUGAGGAAGCCGCCAAAAGAGAAAUAUUUGAGGAGACUAAUUUAGCAGUUGAGAAUUUAGAAAAAAUUGGUGAAGAAAAUUUUUACAUUAAUAAUAUUUGA